GGGCCCCGCUGGUUCAAGUGAGGAUAGGGACCGUCCUGAGCUGAACUCAACGUUACAAAUAGGAGCUGCGGCAUUCCAAGUGGAGCAGAGUGGAGGUGCGCCACACCGAUGAUAAUAUUAAGUAACAGCGCCGAGUGGAUCUGCGGCAUUAAACCAGAGAGGGAGACAGAGGAGAGCGCUUCUUCCUGCACCGGACCACAAGACGCUUGGAGACGCGGAUGAGUCAUGCGCACCGGCGGAGAAAACUGAUCAUUAUUCAGAGGUGGCACUGUUGCUGCAUCAACUCCUCCCGGAGAUCCUGAGAGUCUAGCCAGCACACGGCACCACACAGCGGUCCUCUCCACUCUCAGCAGUCAGGAGCGGCUCAUUCAAACCCCUGACAGGCGUGAUGUUUGAGGAAGAGUCCCAGCAGAUGAGGGGGCAGCAGGAGGUGGCUGUGCUCCAGCCACUGGAGUCACCUGCAGCAGUGACUCCAGGUGGAGGCGGAGGUGGAGGAGGAGGAGGAGCAGGACCUCUGUCCUUCACAGAUGAAGCUGUGUCUAUCCUCACCUCCAGCAGCCUGUUGGCACGCUCGCUCCUGGGUCGCACAUCUGCCAUCAAACGCAAAGAGAGUCCGGCUUCCAGCCUCCGACGCAAGCGUGAGUUCAUCCCGCAUGACAAAAAGGAUGAGGGCUACUGGGACAAGAGGAGGAAGAACAACGAGGCGGCAAAGCGCUCGCGGGAAAAGCGGCGUGUGAACGAUAUGGUCCUGGAGAGUCGUGUUCUGGCUCUGCUGGAAGAAAACGCUCGCCUCAGAGCAGAGCUCCUGGCUCUGAAGUUCCGCUUUGGCCUGGUGAAAGACCCCUCCAAUGCUCCUAUCUUACCCCUCACUACAGCUCCUCAGCACAACGCUCAAACCUUGACUCCUCACUAUUAUCUCCACAGUGGUGACGGAGGCCUCCCCAGCUCCUCAGCCUCCCAUCCCAACAACCAGACAGGCCAGUUGAGCAGUCGGGGCUCCAGGGAUGCUGGUAAUAUGUCUGAGGACUCUGGAUUCUCUACACCAGGUGGGUCCAGCGUGGGCAGCCCAGUCUUUUUUGAAGACCGGCUGAGCGAUCAUGGGAAAUUAUCACCGCACAGGGCAGAGGAGCUGAGCUAUGACCUCCACCACUCCCCUGCCGAGGUCCACCACAUUGCAGAACUCACCGGAGGGAAGCUGGACCAUGCCGAGGCGAUGAAAAACCUGCCUCACAAACUUCGUUUCAAGACGCCAGGAGGCGGCGAUGGGGCUGAUGCUGCCGGGGACAACAGCAGCGCCAGACGCAGCCCCACGCUACCCACACUGGGACGAGAAGGUCCGAGAGAGACCGUCAACAAGGGACUAAGUGGAGGCGAAACGAGGGCAGGGUACUGCGCCGGCCCCUGGCUCCAGCAGCUGGAGGGGGACGAUGGCAGAAGGGGGAGACAGUCCCCUCAAUACAACGCCUCCUCUGCCAGCUACAGCCUCCAUCCUCCUCCCACGCAAGGACAAACUGAAGUCCAGUAUCAACAUGAGAACACUUACCUGAAGUCUCAGCUCAACUCUCUCAGCGAGGAAGUGGCUCAGCUGAAGAAGCUUUUCACAGAACAGCUCAUGGCCAAAGUCAACUGAGGACCAGUGCUGUGAGUCAGUCGGUGUUUGCCAACGUCUAGACUUUUAAGGACGAAACAAAGUUUUACUGUAAGUGAGCCUAUUGAAAUUCAGCACAGAAUCAGGAGUGUUGGACCACGCAGAUAUUCACAAGGACUGAUCAAACUCAACUUUCAAGUCUGACAAUGUGUUGUUUUUUUUCUUUCAUAUACUGUAUUAUAUUGUAAUAAAUGUCUAUAAACAUUCAUCUCAUAACCUGCUGUCUAAAAACUACUUAAUCUCAGCUCCGAUCAGUGUUGCUCAGGCAGUUUUACCUGUAACAGUGUUAAGUGUGUUAUAGUUUUUCGAUUCCAUACACUGUGACGACUAAAAAGACGACAUAAAACUGUUUACAUCACAUCAUCACAAUGCAAGUUUAACUAAAAUAGCCUCACUCCAUUCAGAAACACGUGGCGGUGGUUUGGGAAAGCUCCGUUAAAUCCAGCUGGAAAUCAACCAGCAGGUUGUUUAGACACCAGCGUGGACGACGUAUUUGCAGUUUUGUAAUUAGAGUGGUGAGACUCUUAACUGCUGACAGAGGUCUGUUAAACCCCUGUACACACACACACACACACAUACAGAGACGGAAAGUAAAUACACAGAAAUUAAAUCAGUAGCUCUCGAAACCACCAUUAGUCUUGAGGGAUAGAAGGAAAGGCUUGUUAGAGUUGUUUACCGUCGCUAGUUAUGUGCAAAACUGCAUCGUGUCAUGUCUGAUUUUUAUUUUCAGGAGCACACACUGUAACACGUACUGUUUUGGUGUUUCACAUCCUCUUGUUAGUCUCUGCUCACGCUCAUGUUUGAACAUAUUUUAUAACUGUUAUCUGUACUGAGGUGAUGACGAAAGUUAAACGUCUGCUGUGUCUCUGUACGUUUUCAUAUUAAAAAUAAACAAAU